AUGGCAAACUGCUGUACAUGUCUUAGCAAAUCUGCUAACAUCAUAUUCUGCCUCCUACUAUUCGUCAUUGGAGGUUUUGUCGCAGGUGUCGGGAUAUGGUAUCUCGUCAGCGACUACAAGGAUUGGGUUCCCGAGUGGUGGAUUUGGAUUGCCGUCAUUACUGGUAUUCUUCUGGCUAUAUUAUCGUUUGUUGGUUGCUAUGGCUCGUUGAAACGAAAUAAAUGCGUGUUGUCUUUCCUGUGGGUGGCGUCUACUGUGUUGUUCAUUCUCUUCGCAAUAGCUGCUAUUGCAUCUACUAUCUUCUUUGCUGGUGUCGAUAACCUCAACGGCAAGACGGCUCAGCAGUUACUUGAAGUUAGUGGCAACGAUGGGAAUGUGUACAAGCAGAUUAGGGAUGGUUACAUUGCUGUGUUCACUGAUGAUGAUUGCAACGUGAAGUGUAGCGUCGACGAUGGUAAACUAUACUGUGGAUCCAUCACGUGUGAAAGUGAGGGAAUAGAAGAUCAGCUUAACCGCUGGAUUGGUCCCAGUUGGUGGACAACUGAUGUGAACUCCUUCGAAAAGUGUGUUGCUGCUGCUACUGUUGAAGACAACGCUAAUGAGAUGGCCGCUGAAGCGUGGUGUGCUAGUAACACUUAUGCAAUUGAUUGGUUCUGGCGUUGGAUCUUGGGGACAAUGAUUGUGUUGUGGUUCAUCGUUGUGUUCACGUUGUUCAUGGCUGUUGGUAACUGCGUUUUGAUGUGGUCGCAUUCGCAUCGGAAAGAUGCUGUGGUUAUGGCACCGAAAGCUGAGAUGGUCAGAACGCCUCCUAUGAAUGGUUUCACAGUAGUUAAAGUAUAG